UGAGGAGGGGAAGGAGGUUAAAUAGGCUGGGUGGUUCUCCCCCCUUCACUUAAACAUACACUCUCUCUUGCUCUCUCUAUCCUGCGGCCCAUGUGUGCACGGUGCAGAACUUCACAGAGAGACUUCUGUUCACAGAGGAAAGCCAACAAGUUGCCUUUUGCAGCCCAGCAACUUUUGGUUCUUCAGUUUUAAAAGCGCACCUGGACGAAAGGAAGACUUCUUCAAGCAGGACUUUUUAAAAGCUUUGUGGAACCGAGACACCGUCACCUUUAUCCAAUGGAUCCCACGGAAUACCCUGACAGCUACGAUUAUUAUGAAGACAACGAGACGACCUGCGACUACUCAGAGUGGGAGCCAUCCUACUCCCUCAUCCCUGUCCUUUACAUGCUCAUCUUCAUCCUAGGUCUGUCCGGGAACGGGAUGGUCAUCUUCACCAUGUGGCGUUCGGCCAAGUCCAAGCGCCGUGCUGCAGAUGUCUACAUCGGCAACCUGGCUUUGGCAGACCUGACCUUUGUGGUGACCCUGCCACUGUGGGCUGCGUACACGGCACUCGGGUACCACUGGCCUUUCGGUGUGGCACUUUGCAAGAUCAGCAGCUAUGUGGUGCUGGUGAACAUGUAUGCCAGUGUCUUUUGCCUCACAUGCUUGAGCUUUGAUCGCUACCUGGCCAUUGUGCACUCACUGAGCAGCAACCAUCUUCGAUCACGAGGCACUGUGAUGGUAUCACUCGGUGCCAUUUGGCUGCUUUCCGGGACUCUCGCAGCACCUACGCUGCUCUUUCGCACCACGGUGGACGAUGUGAUCAGCAACCGCACCACCUGUGCUAUGGACUUCAGCCUGGUGACUCUGAAUCAGCGCCACGAGUCACUAUGGAUUGCCGGAUUGAGUUUGUCUUCCUCAGCUCUUGGUUUCUUGCUCCCCUUUAUGGCCAUGACUGUGUGCUACUGCUUGAUAGGCUGUACAGUGGCACGCCACUUUGGCCACCUUCGCAAAGAGGACCAGAAGAAGCGGCGCCUCCUAAAGAUCAUCACCACUCUUGUGGUGGUAUUCGCCCUCUGCUGGACACCUUUCCAUGUACUGAAGAGCAUGGAUGCGCUGUCAUACCUGGGACUGGCUCCAACCUCUUGUGGUUUCCUGCACUUCCUGCUGCUGGCGCACCCGUAUGCCACCUGCCUGGCGUACAUCAACAGCUGCCUCAACCCAUUCCUCUAUGCCUUCUUCGACCUUCGUUUCCGCUCACGGUGCCUCUGCCUGCUCAGCCUGAAGAAGGCUGUGCAUGGUCAUGUCAGCUCUGCCUCAUCCACACUCAGUGCACAGACCCAAAAGUCCGAGUUGCACUCGCUUGCCACCAAAGUGUGAGGAGAAGGGAACAGAAAGAGAUAAAAAAAAAACAGAGGUGAGAGAAAAAAUGGGGAGCGACCAGACGGCUGGACCAUUCUGGUGGCUUCACUCAUCCAGGCUGAGCCUCAAACAUGAACAUUUAUAUGACUUUUGGACUUUUAAGUCUAUCUCUCUCUGUCUCUUUGAAGAACCAGUUCAUUAUAUGUACAGCUUGUAAAUAAUACUCCCAGGCUUGUGUAAUCUACUGUAGGAACAAUGAUGUAUGCAAAUUGUAUGAGGAGGAAUUGUAAGGAAAGUUCUGGGCUUCAGUUUUCAACUCCACUGAGGUGAUAACAGAGAAAUCUACGGCUUGUAUAUGAAUGUGUGUGUGCAUGCGUGUGUAUGUACGCUGGUCUAAGAUACAAAUUGUACAGUAUUUUCCUACUUCAAAAAACACGUUUAGCAUCUCUAGCACUUGUGUAAAACGAUGAUUAGAAAUGUAUGAGUUUGCUUAAUGAGCCCUUCUUCCUGCCUUUGCUUGUGUGUUUGCUGACGAAAGCUUCAAAGUGUGUGUGUGUGUGUGCUGGGGGGGCAAGUAACUAAAGUAAAGGUGUUGUAGCUUAAUUAGAUAGUUUAAAGAGUGGUCAGAGACACGGGAGGAGGAGGAGGAGGAGACGGGGCAGACAGACAGAUGGCAGCUGACAAAUGUCUCUUGGAAAGGGAGAGAGGUGAGGACGGUAGGAGGUGCCAGGGUGGCGGUGCUCUCCAGAUAAAGUAGGGCUCAUGAAAUGUUUAUUUUUUGCUGAUCUUUCUGUAACUAACUACUGCAUUAAAGAUAUUAUGAAGCAAAGCCAACUUUUGUGUCACAUAUAUAUAAAAAAACAUCUGUGUGAGUGUGGGUGUAAUCAUCAGUUAAUGUUUCGGUUAAAGACCUCGGUCGAGGGGGCUAUUUAUCAG